GUAUAUGUGAAAAUCUGAUUCCUACCUCAUAUUCAUCCAAAAUGAAAUUAGUAGUAUUUGUGUUCUAUCCUGUGUUAAAAGUUUGUUGUUAGUGCAGAUUGGUUGCUUAAGACUUGCCCUUUCAACCUUAUUUCUCCCAAUAUACUGCUUUCUUCAAUUUGUGCAGACUUAUAUUGAGAAAGAGGAUGGUAAGAAGUUGAAGCAGAAGCAACGAGAGAGCAUACAUCAUUUAUCAGAUUUCAUUAACUGGCACUGCCAUGUUGUUUUUGUUCUUGUGUCAUUUAUGCUUUGUACUGAUUGCUACUCUGUGCCAAUGACUUCUUUUGCAGUUCUCCAUGAUGCCUUUUUGAAGUUCCAAACAAAGCCAAAAGUAACAAGUCAAAGUGACUUAUUCUGCGAAGGGAAGGAAUUCAAGAAAAAUAAAGUAAUCUUUCAAAGACAAAGCACACUACUAGGUUGCAUAGUGUGGAACUUCCUCAAAAGAAGAUGAAGUAGCUUGUAAGGGCAAUUGACAUGACAUUGAACAAAGAGGAAGAAGAAUUUGAAAGUGGAUGAGUCGAGAAGAUAUAUAGUUGUGUACAAAGAUUAAUACUUGGUUAGUGAUGGGUUUACUUUUUCCGGGUAAACGAAUUCCUGUAAAAGUUUGAAAGGACGUAAUUUGUAAUGACCUUUUGACUUUUGUUUUGGAUAUUAAGGUACCUGAUUUGUAAUUACUUUUGAUUGAGGCUAUUAAGGUACAUCAUUUGACA